AUGUCGAUAGUUUUGGGUCCAAAUGCUGUCCUCAACCCAAGUCCUGGUCUCGUUACAUUGAUGGACCGCAGAGAGUUCUCGUCUCUCGCAAGAAUCAGAUCCCACCAAGAACUUCCACAGAGUGGAGGCCUGGAAUAUGAGUCUUAUCCCAGAUAUAAGCCUAUCCAAAAGUGUUCACGCGCGUUUGUUUCAACCAUUGACCGCGCUUUUGAAAGUUCAGUCGUCGAGUCUGAGGUUGUUUUCGAAAACCCUCGUCCCGGCAAUGAUGACACACUGCGAAACUGUGUCUUGUGGUCUCUCGGGGCCAACAUCGGAUGGAUGGAUAGUGCAGGCAAAUUGAUAGAGGGAAAUUAUCCGGAACUCGAGUCGUUGAUGUUCAAGGUCAAGGACAAUGGCAAGAGAUCGCUUUCUCGACAAUCUCAACCAUCCACUUCACAGAAGACCUCAACGGCAUCUGGACUACAAACUGUUCCUGGAUCUCAAGGACCCAAGCUCAACAAAGAGUAUAGCAGAGAGGCAAUAUCCGUAAUGAGCCCGAACAAGAACGACAAGACGAAGCAUGCUACUACCAGAGGGACCAAGGUUACCGAACGCCACAGCGAAAGACAUGUGCCAUCAAACUCGAUCGAUACCGAAAACUCGAUCGAUACCGAAAAGGCGGAGAAGAGUUCUCAGCAGGUCAAAAGCUCUCUAUGCAUGACCAGAUCGCCACAGUCAUGA